AUGGUCAGCUCGUGUUGUGGCUCCGUCUGCUCUGAGCAGAGCUGUGGCUGCCCCAGCUGCUGCCAGACCACCUGCUGCCGCCCAGUCUGCUGUGUGUCCAGCUGCUGCAGGCCCCAGUGCUGCCAGCCCACUUGCUGCCGCCCCAGAUGCUGCAUCUCCAGCUGCUGCAGGCCCCAAUGCUGCCAGCCCACCUGCUGUCGCCCCAGAUGCUGCAUCUCCAGCUGCUGCAGGCCCCAAUGCUGCCAGUCCUCGUGCUGCCAGCCCUCCUGCUCUCAGCCCCGCUGCUGCAUCUCUAGCUGCUGCAGGCCCCAAUGCUGCCAGUCUGUGUGCUGCCAGCCCACCUGCUCUCAGCCCCGCUGCUGCAUCUCUAGCUGCUGCAGGCCCCCGUGCUGCCAGUCCUCAUGCUGCCAGCCCUCCUGCUGCCGCCCCAGCUGCUGCAUCUCCAGCGGCUGCAGGCCCCCGUGCUGCCAGCCCUCCUGCUGUGGCUCCAGCCCCUGUGGCUCCAGCUGCUGCCACCCCUGCUGCUGCCUGCGCCCCGUCUGUGGUCGGGUCUCCUGCCACACCACUUGCUACCGCCCCACCUGUGUCAUCUCCACCUGCCCCCGCCCCACGUGCUGUGCCUCCUCCUGCUGCUGA